GGCAAGCGGCAAUUAGUGAUGGAAGAGAACUUGCAAUGAUAGCAAACCUGUAGAUCGUGGUCAAUAAACUGGUUUUAUCACCGUUGCGCGGCCUUGUAAAUAUAAUCAUCAAACCUUCCUUCUCUUACGUAUUAUCAUCGUCGUCUAUCCAGUCAAAUUUUAAUUCGGCUUUCCUUAAAACUUAGUUAGUACCGUUUGUCAGCUGUAAUAGUACUAAUACAUUGUGUGGUUACCUGGAAACUCUGUUUCGGAUUUGCGUACCUGUUUGAUUUUUCGAGAUUGAUCAAAAUGAAGAUCAAACAUCCUUUCAUGUACCAAGACAUAGAAAUUCCAAAAAGUAAAAUCGACGCUAUCGAUGCGCUUCGUACCUGGCUCUCUUUUCAACCACAUUUACCAAAACUCUCUGAUGAAACGAUCAUGUUAUUUUUACACAGCUGUUACUAUAGUUUAGAACGUACCAAAGAUACCAUUGAAAAUUACUACACAUUACGCGGAAAAUGCCCGGAAUUUUUCAGUAAUUGGAAUUUUGACGAUUUGCAGGAAUUAUGGAAAGUUGGAGAAAUGGCACCAUUACCAAAAGCCACGCCGGAAGGCUACCAAAUUAUAUUAUAUCGUUUGAAGGAUCUAGAUCCAUCGAAAUUAUUAUUCAACGAUUUGGUUAAAUGUUUCUGCGCAUUUAACGACGCUAAAAUCUCAGAAGAUGGCCUUGUUCCAGGUUACAUUGUUAUACUAGAUAUGAAAGGCUUAUCGUUUAGUCAUUUUAUGAAAGUUACGCCGUAUGUACAAAGUAUUAGAUGUAUUCUGUUAUACUUACAGGAAUGCCAUCCAGUUCGUUUGAAGCAAGUUCAUGUCAUCAAUACGGUUUCCUUUAUGGAUCGAGUUCUCUCAUUGAUCAAACCAUUUAUUCAGUCUGAACUCAUGAACAUUCUUCAUCUUCACGGAAGUGCCGAAUCAUUAAGUGAAUAUUUCCCAUUGGAUUUAAUGCCGGAGGAAUACGGUGGAAAACAAACUGCAGUCUCUAAAUUACACGACGAUUUUAAUCGUUUAAUGGAAGAACGUUAUAAACAAUGGUUGAAGGAAUGUGAAAAAUUCGUAGCAAAUGAGAAAAAUCGUACUGGUAAACCGAGGAAGGAUAUUACGAAAGCUAGUACCGAACUGGAAGGAUCAUUCAGAAAGUUAGAUAUCGAUUAAGGUCGUUUUCUCAUUAUCACCAUUUUUUUAUAAAUAAAACUAUUUUUCCAUAUAAUUUUAAGUACCUAUUUUUAUAUUAUGUACAAUUUAUGGGUUGAAUUUAUUUUAAUACAUAAUAUCUAAAAAUUGUCUACCUUUUUUUGUAAACUACAUUCCUGUUUAAAUAUAAUACAUAUUGUAAAUUGUUAGUCA